AUGUCUGCCACUCCUUCGCCUACGAAGAGGUCCGUGUUAUCCCCCAAGCCUUCCAACAUCUCCACUCCCUCGAGAAAGAACGGCACACCCAUCUUUGUCUCAUCCAAGUUGUCACCUGUGAAAACCAUUCCUUCCAGAUUGACGCCUUCUCCCAAAAAGCCGAAGUUGAACUUCACCAUCUGGGAAGACAAAACACAGCCACAACAGCCAGAAAUCUCCGAAGACUACAUUUUCUCAAACAAGCAAAACCACAAUGACCAGGAGAACAUCUUGCAACCUAAAAAGAACCCCGCUGUCACGGUGAACAGACGUUCGCCAACCAGAGAGCCAUUAGGAAAUUUGAAUAUCCACGAUUUCCCUGGCCACGUAACCUACGGUAGUGCUACUUCUUUGCAAUUGACUGAACUCUACCAGCCUACGCAUUACAACAACGAAUUCAAGUCGUUGCACAAGUUCCUGAACAUCCCUAGCUUCUUGACUCCAACUAGAAAAAAUAACUCUAACAUGGAGAAGUACUUAGUAAAGUCGCUGUCUGCUGUAUACACCGAAGAUGACGAGAUCGAUCUUGAACUCGACGAUGCUGAAAUGACUUUGGUCAAGAAACAAUUGACACAAAACUCGACUAGAAAACAUAGACGCUCCUAUUCUGUAGGCAAAAAUGACUCCAAGCUGGGCUUGAUCAGAAGGAACAACUUCACAAUCUUGUCCAACUAG